CGAUUUUGUUGACAAGAAAACAAAAAUGGGUCUCUUCCAAAGCUGUUUGCGGAACAAUAAAGUUGGCAUUCUGUCCGACGAAGAGGAAGCCGCCUACAAAAAAAUACAGGAGGUCAACAAAGAAAUGGCGCAUGAUCAAGAGAAGAAUGACAUUCAAACUCUCCCAGAGAUGAUGUUUUGUGUAACACCGAUUAAAGCCCAUGGGGAUACUAGUCAUGAUCAUGAUGAUAAUGACCUUUCUCCAGAUGCCAUUGAAAAGACUGAGUUGAUGAACUCCACCUACAAAUCAAGUGUGCCCACGUUACCUCCCCUCGUUGGACAAGUGAAGACAAUC